AUUUGUGUGUUUUCUGAGUCAGCAUUAGCUAAAUUUUCCAGAAAGCCAUCCACAAAGAACAGCCUGGGCGUUCAAGGGACGUCACUCAUUUCCCCCACUGACCUUGACAAGUCAGAAGCUUGAAAGCAGGGAAAUCCGGAUGUCUCAGUUAUGAAGUGGAGCAGUGGGGGCCUCAACAUAUUUCCAGAACUCUCCAUCUAGACUGGUGAUUGAGCAUCUGCCUCUCUUACUGCCAGUGGCCACCUGAGGUGCUUCCCUGGCUCUGAGGGGGCUAGCACAAUGGCCAAGUGCGUCAGCCUGGUGUUGCUUCUAGUCUCCAUCUGGACCACAAGGCUCCUGGUCCAAGGCUCUCUCCAUGUACAAGAGCUUUCCAUCUCGGUGCCAUGCAGAUUUAUGGGGGUCACCUUUGUAAACAAAAAGGUUGACCAGCAGCUGAAUUUCACAGAAGCCAAGGAGGCCUGUAGGCUGCUGGGGCUAACUUUGGCCAGCAAAGACCAGGUUGAAGCAGCAAGAAUAUCUGGCUUUGAGACUUGCAGAUAUGGGUGGGUUGAAGAAGGAUUCUCAGUCAUCCCUCGGAUCUCCUCGAACCCCAACUGUGGGAAGAGUGGGGUGGGUGUCGUGAUUUGGAGAGCUCGACUUAGCCAAAGAUUCGGGGUCUAUUGUCACAACUCAUCUGAUACUUGGGUUAACUCAUGCUCUCCAGAAAUCAUCACCACCAUUGAUCCCAUAUUUAACACUCAAACCACAACGCACACAAUAGAAUUUACUGUCAGUGACAGUACAUAUUCAGCAUCAUCCCCUUACUCCUCAACACCUGCUCGUGCUAUUCCUCCUGCUCGGGCUUCCACUUCUACUCCACGGAGAAAAAAAUUGAUUUGCAUCACAGAAGAUUUUAUAGAAACUAGCACUGUGUCUACAGAAACUGAAUCAUAUAUUGAAAAUACGGCAGCAUUCAAAAAUGAGGCUGCUGGAUUUGGAGGUGUCCCGACGGCCCUGCUGGUGCUUGCCCUUCUCUUCUUUGGUGCUGCAGCUGGUCUAGCCGUUUGCUACGUCAAAAGGUAUGUGAAGGCCUUCCCUUUUAUGAACAAGGAUAAGCAGAAGGAAAUGAUUGAAACCAAAGUAGUGAAGGAGGAGAAGGUUGAUGAUAGCAACUGUAACGAGGAAUCAAAGAAAACUGAUAAAAACUCAGAAGAGCCCAAGAGUCCAAACAAAACUACAGUGCGAUGCCUGGAAGCUGAAGUUUAGAUGAAAAAAGAAAUGAGAAGACACACCUGAGGCUGGUUUCUUUUCUGAUGAAUAUCCUGGCCCCAGCUGGGGAAACUAAAAGGGCCAAAGAACCAAAGUCCACCCUUGCUUCCUAACUAGAAUCAGUUCAGGGCCGCCUUUGGACUAAGGAGUUCACCAAAGGUAGCUCCCUUCUUCCUACUGCAAUCCUUUCUGGAUCCUAUCCUCCUACCACCAAAGCUUCCCACAGCCUUUCUAGCCUGGCUACAUCCUAAUAACAUCCCAGUGGAAAAAAGGAGCUUUGCAAAGUACAAGGACCUAAAACAGCUAAUUAGUAAAAAGGCCUUCAUGGCUCAGUCUAGGUGAGUUGAGAGCCAAAGGGUCACUGAGACCAAGGCCUUCUCUGCUGUUUCCACAACCCAGAUACUUUCUUCAGCUCUGAAAGGGAAACACUUAUACCACCUGGCAUGUUCUUCUGAGCCAGGCAAGAGCAAAAGGAGGGAAAAUUCCAGCAACUGAAAGCCAUGUGAGAUUGCCGUGACUUGAGACCUAAUCUCUGUAAAAUCAAAAUAAAUAGAGAAAUAGAAUGAGGCUGAGCACACUGACAGCACAUUGUCAGCAGGCACUAUAAACACAGACAGGGGCAAAGUAUUCUUCUCUGACUCAGUUGGGUUCGAAUUACUUUUUAGAACAUAUAUAUACUUUCUUUUCUUUUUACUGCUGCUAUUUUCUCUCGAAGAAUAUACUUUUACAAGAAAACAAAAAAAAAUACUCUUACAAAUUUCUGUUUUUAGCUGAGUUAGAGAAAUUAUUACUGAGGAAAAUUACUGUGUAAAAAAGUAAUAAAAUUCAAGAAACAUUUGCUGAAUAUCUACUAUAUGUCAGGUGCUGUGCAAGAUAUUACAUUCUGUAAUUCAUCAAAAAAUUUCAUAUAGUAGAAUUCUGUCUGAAGCUAAUUUUUUUCGGUUUUGUUAUCCCUAGCUUACAUACUUCCAAACUAAUAUUUUUUUACUGAAACUAAUCAUUCACUCAUUUUUUCUAAUAUGGCAACCAUUAAAACCUUAAUUUAUUA